AUGACGCGCACUUCGGCCCUCGUCCGCGACGAUCCUCAAAUCAAUCCAAACUCUCUCCACGACUUUCAUGUCGCAAAGCGUGGCCCCAAGAACGUUCCUAGGACAGUCAUGUCGAUGUCGACCGACAAAAAAAGCGUACCUAAAAAGCCCGGCCAUCCCUACGCGCAGACCACGAACAUCAAGUUCGAGUUUUUCGACCAGCGCACCUCCAACGCCCCAUUUGGUUAUGAGCAUUUCGUAUCUGUCCCGCCGCAGUAUGAUAAAGACACGGACAAGAAAUGGCCCUUGAUCCUCUUCCUCCAUGGCGCAGGCGAGUCGCAACGGGGCCGCAAUGAAUCCUUUGUGUCGCUCCGUCAUGGCAUCCCCAAGGUGAUUCUCUGCUAUAACAGGUUCAAGUCCGAUCCAUCGAAUCCAAACCCCUCGCCUUCGAUUUCCAUCCCUCCAGCAGAGCGCUUCAGGAAGACCGAGCAGAUCAAACAGGGCGAUCAGUCGUCCUACCCUGUCCCUGCCGAGGUUUGUGUCUUGUUGGCGGAGAACUUCAUUACCGUGUCGCCCUCGCUGAAUAUGGACUGGGGGUACGGCUGGAAUGCAUCGAUUCUGACAGCCUUGCUGGAUGAGAUCGUACAGCGUUAUCGUGUCGACUUGGACAGGAUCCACGUCACUGGCUUCAGUAUGGGCGGCUAUGGGACUUGGGAAUUGGGCCUACACACGCCACAUCGGUUCGCCACUCUCAUGCCCGUCUGCGGAGGCGGGGAUGAGCUGAGGGUAAGCCAUAUCAAGCAUAUUCCGCAUUGGGCCCAACAUGGCGAUCGCGACGAUAUCAUUCCCCUGCGGGCGUCGCAGAAGAUGGUGACGGCGCUCGAGAGGGCAGGCGCCCCUGAAGUGCGGUUUACGAGAUAUCCCGACCUUAUGCACGACAGCUGGACCGCCGCGUAUAACAACCCGGAGGUGUAUCGGUGGAUGCUAGCACGUCAACGCCAGGUCAAGGGAGAUGAGCAGGGCGUUCCUGCCGAGAACAAGGUUGUGCUGUCUUGA